AUGAAACGCUUCUCAUGUAUCCUACUGUCUCUACUGCUUGGCCUGCUUGUUUCCGCUGAUCCAGACUACAAGGAAUUGCUUAAUCUCCAGCCGCUAAAUCCAGCAUCACUGCUUGCUUCGUUCAACUUCUGGAGCAACGCUUCUUUGCAGUCGUACGAGCAGCAGCAUUUCAAGUUCAUACCUCGAUCGCUUGGGCAAAUACUACAGCAUGCAAAGACGAGAGAGCUUCAUUUGAGAUUCACCACUGGGAGAUGGGACGAUGAGAGUUGGGGCGCAAGACCAUGGGGAGGAACGAAAGAGGGAGGGACAGGGGUAGAGCUCUGGGCUUGGGUAGAAGCAGACUCGGAUGCUGGUUCAUUUGCUAGAUGGGUCACCCUCAAUAACGCUCUUUCGGGCCUGUUCUGCGCUUCGCUCAAUUUCAUCGAUUCCACGCGGACUACAAGACCUCGCAUGACAUUCGAUCCGGCCAGCAGUGUUACUGAUGCUUCAUCGGAAAGCCUCUUUCUUUUGCAUGGCACUUUGCCUAGAGAAGUCGUCUGUACAGAGAACUUGACCCCUUUCCUGAAGCUGCUCCCAUGCAAGGGCAAAGCUGGGAUAGCAAGCCUACUGGAUGGGCACAAGCUCUUUGACGCUUCAUGGCAGAGUAUGGCUAUCGAUGUACGCUUGGUAUGUCCAGAGGACCGAUCUGAAUGCAGCAUUGAAAUGGAGCAGACCGUGGACAUGGUGCUGGACGUUGACCGGUCAAAGCGGCCUCGAGAUAAUCCAAUCCCACGUCCAAUACCUAGCGAGAACCUUCAAUGCGACCAGUCCAAGCCAUACGCUGGCAACGAAGCUUGCUACCCUUCAGAUGCCAACCUCGGGCAGUCGUGGACUCUAGCCGAGAUAUUCGGCCGCCCAAUUCAAGGCUCCUGUCUCGCCGGAGACCCUCAUAGCCAGCUUCGCGACUCAGUCUGCAUCAACAUACCGCACGAGCGUGAAGUCAAUGCUUACGGAGACGUGGUUGAAACCAAAAACGCAGCAGGAACAAGCAGAUGCUUCGCCAUACCGGCAUCCAAACCUUUCGAAAUUGUGCUCUCACACAUAGGGCCGCAAACCUUCAACGAUGUCUCCCAACCAUCUCUUCACGCCUCGCGAUCCUUCACAGGCCACGGCCAAGAGCGCGGCGGUGUCCAGACUCUUCUCACCAACCCUUCCACAACCUCAUCCAUCGAAUUCGUCUACUUCGAAACCCUCCCUUGGUUCAUGAAACCCUACCUCCAUACCCUUAGCGCCCGCCUCGCCACCUCCUCGAUCACAAGCCCCGACAUAAUACAAGAGACGUUCUACCGCCCAGCCCUGGACCGCCGGCGCGGCACCCAGCUCGAACUUCUUGUCUCUGUCCCUGCGGAUUCAACCGUCAUCCUCACCUACGACUUUGACAAAGCCAUUCUUCGCUAUACCGAGUACCCUCCUGACGCCAAUCGUGGAUUCGAUGUCGCGCCUGCUGUCAUUCGACUGUUGCCACCCUUCGGAAACGAGUCGUCGAUCUCUCAAGCACCCGUGUAUAUCCGAACAAGCAGUCUCCUUCUUCCGCUACCGACCCCGGAUUUCAGUAUGCCUUAUAACGUAAUCAUCUUGACAAGUACGGUAAUGGCUCUGGCAUUUGGCAUGAUCUUCAACCUGCUGGUGAGAAGGUUCGUCGGGGCUGACGAAGUCGAGGGUUGGAAUCUGGCAGCAUUGAAGGCGAAAGCUAGGGGAAGGGUGACGGUCUUGCUGGACAAAUUACUAGGGAAGGGGAAGGAGAAGAAGAUACAAUAG